CCAAAUCAAAAUAGGCUUAGGGUUUAGCUAGUUUUCCGAAACCUAUGGAAAGAUUAUAAAUAGACUCAUCAAGUCCCCAUUCUCGUGUCGCAUUCUUUUCUCGACGGAAAAAUCAAGUUGCUCUAAUUAAACUGCAUUAGUGUACACAGUACAAGAAUGGGGGGUGAAAUUGAUGGCAUUGAAUUCGCACAACAGAUGCUGGGCUUACAAGAAAACAAGUAUGGAGAAGAUAAAGGCAGAGGAAUAAAACAAGUAGAAAAGAGUCAGAAGAUUACUCUUUCUAGUUUUCAAUAAAGGAUCAUACUUAACAUCCUAGUGAAGAUUCCACCGAGAUACAUAAAUAAGAAUGUGAUGCCUGUCUGCAAAACAUGGAAAGAAUUUUUCUCCAGAAGUUCUUUCAUUGACCAAAAUUUCAAGGAAUCGAAAUCAGAAUUAGUGAUACAGGCAAGACAUGGAAGGCAUAUGAAAACAAAGUUGAUAGAGAUUGGGAAAGAACUUGAAUGUGAAUCGCGUGAACUUGGAAAAAAUCAAUCACGCGAGAUUCAUUCUAGCUGUGAUGGAUUUCUAUUGAUGAGUGAACCAGGGGACUCUGGGAAGCUACAAGUGAUAAAUCCAGCAACAGAGUUCUGUGUCACUGUCCCUAGAUGUCCUUCAGGUUGCCUACAUGGAGCUUGUAGUGCAGCAAUAGCAUUUGACUCUUCGACAAAGCAGUACAAAGUAGUGCAUGUUGUUAACGAUUAUUAUUAUCGUUUCGAAAUAUUCAAUCUGAGCAGUGCUGAUGAAAACUGGGAACGAGUUUCUGGUCCGUGGGAAGAUAUAAAUGAUCGGCCAUUCAACCUAGGUAAUUUUUACUGGAAGAAUGCAGUGUCAAUAAAUGGAAGGAUUCUGCAUUGGUAUGUUGAGUCAAGUGAAUAUUUCAUUUCAAUGGAAGUUAAAGAGGCAGGAUUCACUAGAACCUAUCUUCCAGAACGUGGUGAUGUGAUUAAUAAGACGAACAAUUAUGCAUUGGUAGGGUUGGGUGGAUUUCUUUCUGUUGUCUACUGUGAUUCUGAUACGCAAAUGGAUGUUUGGAUUUUGGAAGAUUUUCAUGGGCAACUUUGGUCCAAGAAACAUACUAUCGUGGCAGAGUUGACAAAUUAAACUUGUCCAUGCAAAUCAGCAAGACCGAUUGAGAGAACAAUGCCAGAACUCGGGAAACUUGUCGCUGUUGCUGGAGCUAGGAAUGGUGAAGUAUUGAUUCUUAAGCAUAAGAACAACUCUAAGGUGUACUUAUAUGACACAAAGAAUAGGGUGAUGAAGAUGUUCAGCAGUAACUUGAGGAACUUAGAAUCGUUUGUACCGCACAAGGACAGCCUCUUUUCUAUGAAGAGGAUCUCGUAGUAUCAUGAUUUUAUAUG